AAGAUGUGGUGUCUCCUCCUGCUGCUCUGCUCCCAGGGAAUUGCUUUCUCAGCAGGAUCCACAACGCUCUUCACUCCAGAUUCGGACAAACGCCAGUACAGGAAAACUCCCAACCCCGAAUGCUUUAUGAAUGUUAGUGAAAUUAUCAGAUACCAUGGAUACCCCAGUGAGGAAUACCACAUUACCACAGAGGAUGGAUACAUCCUUGCUGUUUACAGAAUUCCUGCUGGGAGGAACAGCCACAAUAAAGGAAAAAAGCCUGCAGUCUUGCUACACCAUGGCAAUUUAGGAGAUGCUACCCACUGGAUUUCUAACCUGCCCAACAACAGUCUGGGCUUCCUCCUCGCAGAUGCUGGCUAUGACGUCUGGCUGGGAAACAGCCGAGGGAACACCUGGUCUUUAAAACACAAGACCCUUAAGCCCUGCCAGAAGGAGUUCUGGCAGUACAGUUUCGAUGAAAUAGGUAAAUAUGAUAUUCCAGCAGAGUUGUAUUUCAUCAUGAAUAAAACUGGACAGAAGGAUGUAUACUAUGGUGGUCUCUCCGAAGGCUCUGCAAUAGGCUUCAUAGCAUUUUCUACUUACCCUGAGCUGGCUCAAAGGAUUAAGGUAUUCUUUGCCUUGGCACCAGUAACUACAACCACGUAUGCUACCAGUCCUAUGAUUGAAUUUUCACGUCUUCCCCAGUCACUGAUCAGGCUGCUACUUGGCUGCAAAGGAGCUCUUCAUCAGAAUGAACUGCUGAAAGGACCUGUGACAUGGUUCUGCAGACAUCUGGGAAAACUUUGUGGCAGUAUGUUUGGCUACUUAGCUGGGAACAGAGUACAAAAUAUGAACACGAGUCGAGUAGAUACAUACAUAGCACACUCACCUGCUGGAACUUCAGUUCAGAACAUUCUUCACUGGCAUCAGAUAGAACAUGCAGACCAGUUUCAAGCUUAUGACUACGGCUCUAAGGAAAACAUGAAGAAAUACAACCAGUCUACUCCUCCUGCAUACAAGAUAGAGAAGAUAAGCACCCCAACUGCUGUUUGGAGUGGUGGACUGGACAAAUUUGCAGAUCCGAAAGACAUGGCAAAGCUGCUUCCUCGGAUUACUAAUCUCAUUUACCAUGAGCAUUUUCCUACUUGGGGACACCUUGAUUUCAUCUGGGGUCUUGAUGCAACUGAGAAAAUGUAUCAUAAAAUCAUUGAAAUAAUGAAAAAACACCCAUAA